AUGCUCGCCUUCAAGUCUACCAUCAUCCUGUCCCUGGUGACGGCUGCCCUGGGAGUGAAUGUCAUCCGCGGUACAUGCGUGACGCACAACACGUUGUACUUCGAAGGUGGAAUGAAAACAGACAACCUUUUUGGUCGAUGCACCGUUCCGUAUGGUCAACCGCCUGGUGUUGCUGAAAACAUGUGCCCUUGGGACAACGCCAAUUGCGAAUUCGAUGUCGACGCCGUGACUGGCCUCAACAGCAUCAACGCGAAGUGUGGAAUCAAAGAUGAGAUGUCCGAGUCGAUCUUUCAGGCCUUCUUUGCAGGUGCUCAACGCUAUCUGCUCGUAAUGUGUCUUCAUGCGAUACAACUCCGCUUCUCUAUUCUUAUCGACGCAGGUGGACCUCGCCGUCCACUCCGCAGUCGUCCACGGAAGAACCCACUGGCAGCAAUACACCGCGGGUUGAUCUCCACGACACAUCUCGCGAAGUUUGAGACGCAACCAGAGGCGCAAGAGCUGCCGAUGCAGAGAACGAAUGUGGAAGGUGCUCGUAUGGUGAUGCUGGGCAAUGCUGCGUCGGUGGAAUUGUGCUCGUAUCAAGGCAAGGUGUGA